AUGGAGCAGCAGUUAUUGGGUUAUGAGCAUGAGAUUUAUAGAUUGGAUCACGCUGAGCACAUCGUUGGGAGGCUUGACCGAGUGGCGCCUCAAAUCUUGCGCACCAGACAGAAUUUGAUGACAAGGCCGCCGGAGCAGAUUAGGCCAUAUCUGAGACGAGUUGAAUUUGAGUCCAUCGCAUAUAUGGUUGUGUUCGAGCAUGAUUGGUCUCUUGCCUCGGCGUUGAAAGAGAGGUGGAGGCUUGAGUCCCAUACAUUUUAUUUACCGUGCGGGGAGAUGACUAUCACCCUACAGGACGUGGCCUAUCAGUUGGGACUCAGGAUUGACAGUGAUCCUGACAGACAGUCACAGACAAAGUGGACUGUGAAGCUCACUUGGUUCCACAACACGGUUUGUGGAGAGCUAGAGCAGGAUGUCACAAAGGAGCGCCUGAUGAGGUAUACAAGAGGAUACAUCAUACAGUUGAUCGGUGGUAUCCUCUUCCCCGAUGCAUCUGACUCUCGGGUCCAUAUCAGGUGGCUUCUCCUGCUAGAGGACAUUGAUGCGUGUGGCCGCUUGUCGUGGGGUUCGGCUGUGCUGGCAUGGUGGGUUCAGUACCGGCCGGACAAUGCCACAGGCGAGAGCAGGCUGAGGCAGUACAGGCGUAUGCUGAACGGGAUAGGGAUGCUGAAUGUUGAAUGGACUCCAUAUGCUGACCCGCAGCUGGUUGGGAUUGUUCCAUCGGCGAUAGCAGAGGUAGAUGCCUCGGCGGCGGUUGUAUGUCCACUGCUUUGCUUCGCUAUCGUCGAGUGGCAUCAGGUGGACCGGGUAGUUCGUCAGUUCGGUGGCCUGUAG